GAAAAUGGUAGCCACUCCUUAUUUAUUUAACGAAAUAGAGCGGAUAUUCCGAAAUACGCCUCUAUAUGCUAUAGUUUUGGAAGCAUUCCUUCUACUUUCUGUGAUAUGGCUAUUGCUUUACAAACGCAAUGGUCGACAACGUUUUACCAAGGAGCAAGAGGAUGAAAUAAUCGAUAAAUACGAACCUGAGCCUUUGGUUGCAGACACGGUCCCUAACCAUCCGUUGUUACGCACACGCUUGGUUCAGUCUAAAGUUGGUAAACGUAUUGUUGUGGAUGGCCAUGAUUGCCUUAACUUAGCAUCUCACAACUAUUUGGGAUUGCUUGAGGAUAGCCAAAUAUUGGAGGAUGCAUGCAAAAGUUUGCGGAAAUAUGGUGUUGGUUCAUGCGGACCGCGUGGUUUCUAUGGUACCAUGGACGUUCAUUUAGAUCUGGAAGAACGUUUGGCAAAAUUCAUGCAAAUGGAGGAGGCAUUAGUGUACUCUUAUGGAUUUUCUACGAUAGCAAGUGCCAUACCUGCUUAUUCAAAGAGGGGAGACGUCAUCUUUGUUGACGAAGCUGUUAAUUUUGCAAUUCAAAAGGGAUUAGACGCGUCUCGAAGUACGAUUUAUUUUUUCAAACAUAACGACAUGAAUGACCUGGAAAGGCUUUUAAAGGAACAGGCUGCACGUGAUGAGAAGAACCCCAAAAAGGCUGCCAAGACAAGACGCUUUUUGGUAGCUGAAGGUAUUUAUAUGAAUACGGGCGAGAUGUGUCCACUGCCUGAGUUGGUUUCAUUGAGAGCAAAAUAUAAGCUACGAUUCUUUCUCGAUGAGAGUUUAACAUUUGGUGUUUUGGGAAAGAAUGGACGUGGACUAACUGAACACUUGAAUGUAGAUCGCAACGAAGUUGAUCUUAUAUCUGCCGGUAUGGAGUGGGCUGUAGCAUCUAUUGGAGGCUUUUGUGUUGGUUCUAAUUUCAUAGUGGAGCAUCAACGUUUAUCUGGCUUGGGCUACUGUUUCUCGGCAUCUUUGCCGCCAUUAUUGGCUCAAGCAGCUAUAUCUGCUCUCAAUCGCUUUGAAGCUGAACCGCAAAUAUUUGAGGAACUGCAAGAGAAGACUACGAUGUUGCAUAAGAGAUUCACGCAGUUUUCGAAGUUGAAAUUGAGAGGAGACGAACUUUCUCCCGUAAAACAUCUGUAUCUAUCAAAAACACUAGAAAACGAAGAAGAGGAACGGAAACUACUAACGAAAAUCGCUGAUACCUGCAUCUCUCGCGGCGUGGCCGUAAUAGAGGCUUGCUAUUUGUACAAUUUGGAGAAACAUUCAAUACGUCCAAGCAUUCGUAUCGCUUCUAAUCGUUUAUUAAGCCUAGAUGAAAUUGAAUUUGCAUUUGGUAUUAUCGAAUCUGUUUCGAGCAGUUUAAUUCUAUAA